UCAAACACAAAAUGUCUCAUUUUCAGUCACUCGACAACACCCACAGUACAGAAAUGUUCAUUAAUGAUCAAAAAAUACGUUUUUUACGGAUCUCGGAGAAACGGAUCACGACAUAGAAUGUCUGUCCAGCACUGAAACACUACCUUUAAGAAAAAAAAAGAAAAAAAGAACUGUACUGCUGAAUAUCAUCUUCUUUUAAUAUUAGCAUCAUAACGGUAUCCAUCCAUAAAAGAUAAUAGAUGGGUCUCUUCAGUGAGUACCGGAAAACAGUUUCUGUGUGACAGUUUAUAAGCUUGUCCUUCGGUCUCGUAGUUUAUGACGUCACAGAAACCCUAGAUGGAAUUAUUUUCCUGUUCACUGAAGCCCAUCUGUUAUUCUAUAUUUAUUCUCCUGUUGUACUCUGUGCUAAAUUUCUUUCUUUGUGAUAAACUAGAGCAGAAGAGAACUCUGUAAGAAUGUAGUUAAAGGAUAUUGAAUGGUGUUGUAGUUUUAAAGUAAAUGUCUCAGAGUCCUGCUCCGUGCUAAUUGGAUCGAGUUGUUGAAUGCAAGGCCAGUUUGUGCUAUGCAGGGUCACGCAGCAGUUCCUGACUUAUGAUAAUGAAGUGCAGGCGCGUUCCUUGGCUAGAGAGAUCAGCUAGCUGUGCGUCUAGUGAGAGAAUAUUUCUUUCAAGCAUGUGUUUUAGAUUAGUAGCAGGGACAGCCCACUUGUCUAUCUCGGCUCAACAUGUAAUAAUUGCCUCUCGAGGGGUAGUCCUGGCCGUGGGUGUAUUGCUGAGGCGCCUGUCUGUAGGUUCGCAUGUCACGUUCAAAACUUUUCCCCCUCUGAACACAUUCCGAGUGCAGUUUCAGAAUGGAAGCUUCAAAAUGGCAGCUGAAAUACUAGUUUCAAUUGUAGAACACGAUUGAUGGCAGUGGAUUAAACCCCCACAGACCCUCACCCCUGACCCCUGACCCAUCUCUCUCUCGCACUCUGUCUCUCUAUUGGAGGAGAAUGGUCCGCAGAGCCAGCCUCAUUCUCUGUGGAGUUGUGCUGUUCAUCGCCUGGAACGCCCUGCUCCUCCUCUUCCUGUGGUGGUGGCCUCCCAUUGGCAGCCCUGGGACCGGGGGCGGGGUCGAGCCAGGAGAGGGCAGGGAGUGGGACGGGGACUUGACGCGAAACGUGGUGCAAUUGGCCGAAGAAGUGGAGGCGGAGCUGGAGAAACAGAAGCAGCUCUUGCAGCAGAUUCAAAGCCACCGCGCUCUGUGGGAGAAGAAGAAAAACAACAAUCAGAUAAAAGAAAAACAACCCGUUGAAUUAAACAACAACAACAAUGAGGCUGGCGCGAGGGAACCAGAGACCGCGGCAUUGCAGAAAAUCCCUGAUGUGAAAGAUAUCGUCAUUGCAGUGUUAGUGGUCGCCUGUGACCGCCCCACAGUUCGCCGGAGCUUGGAUAAGCUGCUGUACUACCGCCCUUCCAAGGAGCUCUUCCCCAUUAUUGUGAGCCAGGACUGCGGGCACGAGGAGACAGCCAAGGUGAUCGGCUCGUACGGGGACCAGGUGAUGCACCUCCGACAGCCUGACCUCAGCAGUAUCCGGGUCCGGGCCGACCACAGGAAGUUCCAGGGCUAUUACAAGAUCUCCCGGCAUUACCGCUGGGCUCUGAAUCAGGUCUUCCACACCUUCAAAUACCAGGUGGCCGUCAUUGUGGAGGAUGACCUGGAGGUUGCUCCUGAUUUCUUUGAGUAUUUCCGCUCACUCUUCCCCCUUCUCCUGGAGGACAAAACACUCUGGUGCGUGUCAGCCUGGAACGACAAUGGCAGGGAGCAGAUGAUCGACCCCAAAGCUCCGGAGCUGCUCUACCGGACGGACUUCUUCCCCGGCCUGGGCUGGAUGCUGCUCAAGGAGCUCUGGGAGGAGCUGGAGCCCAAGUGGCCCGCCUCCUUCUGGGAUGACUGGAUAAGGCAGCCUGGGCAGCGCAAGGAGAGAGCGUGCGUGAGGCCCGAGAUCUCCCGCACCAUGACGUUCGGCCGCAAGGGAGUCAGCAUGGGCCAGUUCUACGACCAGUACCUCCGCUUCAUCAAACUCAACGACCAGUUUGUGCCUUUCACUCAGCGCGACCUGGCUUUUCUCAAGAAGGAGGCCUACGACCGGACGUUUGCGGAAAGCGUGUACACUGCCCCCACAGUUCGAGUGGAGGAACUGCACGCAAACAAAGUGACGGUCCCAGGACCGGUUAGAGUGCAGUAUUCCACCAAGGAUACUUUCAAAGCUUUCGCUAAAGCCCUGGGCGUCAUGGAUGAUCUGAAAUCUGGGGUGCCUCGAGCUGGCUAUCGAGGCGUGGUCAGUUUCAUGUUUAGGGGUCGGAGGGUGUUUUUGGCACCCCCACCUGGGUGGAAAGGGUAUGACACCACCUGGAGUUAACCCCGCCUCCCUUUACAGAUUGACAUUUUUUAAUCAUACCGUAGUACCACAGUGGCUGCCACCAAUGUUGAAUGUUGGAUAUUGAAUAUUUCAUCAUUUUACUUUCUUCACGGUGUAAUGAUGAGGAUAUACAGGAAUGUCAGGUCCGAUUAGCUUAUGGGAGCUUAAUAAAACUCAGUCAUUUUCA